AAACGCGAAACGCGAGGAGAGUCCAAAUCGAUCCCGCGAUGCGAUAGAAUAAUAGCCGACAACUUUCUCGACGCCCGGCCGACGAUUAACGCACCGAUUACUUCGAAGAGGAAAGAAGACAAAAAGCAACAAGAGAUAUGGAAUCCGCGAUCGGGCAUCUCGAGCAAAGCGUACAAAAAGCUGACGGAAAAUUGGACAUGAUUGCAUGGCAGAUAGAUGCUUUCGAAAAAGCUUUCGAGGAUCCGGAAGACGAGAUAUCUGUGCUUCGCCUAUUACACUCUGUUCAUCAGGUUACGAAAGAUUAUCAAAAUCUCCGUCAAGAAAUUUUGGAAGUUCAACAGUUACAGAAACAGCUUUCUGAUUCACUUAGAGCUCAGCUUACACAGGUGCACGGACAUUUUAAUUUAUUGCGCAAUAAGAUUGUAGGACAUAAAUCACCGCAGCUGAAAUAAAAAUCAAGUUUAUUAUAUGUUUGGAAAAAGUCUCUGAUAUAUUUUUUAGGAUAUUAUUUGAAAAAAUUUGCACAUGCUUUUCGUGAGAUGCAAAGUAAAGUUCAAAAGCACAUUGCAUUGAGGAAUCAUGUGUAUCUACACUUUCUAUUAUAAAAAUAUUCAUAUCAUAUAAAAAUAUAACAAACUACAAAAGAUGAUAUCCAUAAUUUAAAGAAACAAAAAUAUGUUGCACAUAUUUAAGAAAUAUUUCGACAUUUUCUUAAAAACUUUAAUGAUAUAAUUAAAACAUCUAACAAUAUUAUAAUCAAUAUUUGUUAUAUUAUUUUCUUAUAUGCAUUAUUUAAAAAAUUUUAGAAAUUUUUAACAUUGAACUUUCUUUAUAAAUGGAGCGAGGGAUCAAUAGUAUUAUUGAUACAUAACUUAUUUGACUUUUUUCUCUUAUACCUUAAAUGUAGUAAUGGGGGCCAAUCUAUGUGGUGGUAUGUUAAGAACAGUAUAUCGAAACACAUGUCAGAUUAUUUCUUAUUAAACUCAUGUUGUUUACAUUAUAGCCCCUAUUAUUUGUUAAUCAACAUUUUAUAAGCAUAUUAACAGACAAUGCAAUAUUUUGUUCAAUCUGCAUACAGAAACUAAAAUCUCUCAGUAGUGCAUUAAUUGAAUGGCUAAAAAGUGAUGUUUGUGUAUUUUUAUUAUUAUUAUUAUUAUUAGAAUUUUUAUUUUGUACAUAUUUUUUAUACCAUUUUGACGACAAUGGUGUUAUUAAGAACUUAAGUUUCUCGUGUAUAUCAGUCAUGAAAUUUUGAAACAUUGGAAUUAUAAGCUUAGCAUGGUAUCUUUGUGCAUUUCACAUCUAGCUUUAGAUGAGUUACAUAUUUAUGCUUUCGUAAUACGAAUUUUGAAUUUCAGAUAGCAAUUUCGGAAAUGCUAAAUAAUGUAAACGACUUUAAAUAUUUUUAUCUUAUUUAGUAGCGCUACUAACAACGUCUGUAUUGCAUACAUACUGAGUUUACGCAUAGUGCAACACGGAGACAGAUCAAAAAAUGAAUGUAAUAUGAAGGAAGAUGGAGAACGCGAGAUAAAUGUAUAAAGAUAAUGUAUUGGAAACUCGAGAAAUGGAAAACAUUAUUGCCUUAAGAAGUAGAUGCGCAUUUACGUAUACUAUUCUUCAAUUAGAGAUACAUAACACUUACACGCACUAUAUGUAAGCUACAAUAAUUUAUUUAAUGUAUUUUUAAGAAACCUGUUCAAUGUUGAGCUAAUAGAAUUUAUGAUUUUUUUAAAUUGUUGUUUUUUUUAAAUUGUUUUCAGAUAUAAAGCAUCUUAUAUUGAACAUGUUGUAAUACAUGUGAUCAAUUCUUUAGCAUUAUUUAUUAUCUGUAUAGAUUUACUAUGCGAAUUUAUCCGAAUUAAUGUUUAUUAUCUAAUCAUUUGAUAAACAAAAUAAAUAUUGUAUAUAGCAAACUUGAAUUUUUAUAGAUAGAGUAACUGAGUUUCAUGAUGAUAAAUGUAUUGUUUGCUGUUACACAUGUAAUGAAAUACGCGCUAUUCCGUUCCAAAAAAAAAAAAAAUAAAAUAAAAA